AUGUCAUUAGUAAACGUAUUCGUAACUUCACCGGAUACACACUCAGAGAGGCGCUUUUUGAGAAAUAUAACGCUAUCUGAAUUGAGGGCUCGUCUUGAGCCUAUCGUUGGUAUACCAUCACAGAAUCAAACACUCACGCUUGAUGGAGUUUUACUGAUGAAUAUGAACUUGAGUUUAGUGGAUGCUGGUGUGAGGGAGCUUUCUACACUCACCGUUGGUGAUAUCACAGACGAGAAGAACGAACGAGGUGGACAAUAUACCGAUGUAUCACAGGUGGAGAAAUACGAUAUGACUGAUGAGGAGUACAAAAACCGGAGUGAUACAGUGUUAGCAUAUAAGAAAGCGAACGAAAUUGGUAGAUUCAGCAAAGCAGCUGCAGAAGCCGAAAAAGAGCCGUUACCAGAGCAUAUCAAGGUAAAUGAUAGAUGUAAAAUACACCCAUCAACUGCUGGAGAAAUAGAGAGGCUUGGUCAUGUACGUUAUGUUGGUAAAACGUCAUUUUCACCUGGGAAUUGGAUUGGCGUUGAACUUGAUGAGCCAGUUGGGAAGAACGACGGGUGCAUACAAGGAAAGCGCUACUUUGAGUGUAAACAGAAGUAUGGUAGCUUUGUGAAGCCGGACAGGGUAGAAAUCGGGGAAUUUGAAGACGAGGAACUACUUUCAGAUUUAGAGGAAAUGUAGACUAAUUCAGACUUCUAUUUUGUAGAUUCGUCAAUUCUUCUCGACGUACAAGUUGUCUCUCGUAGUCUAACAGUCUGUCUUUUUGUUCUUUCUUGAGUUGCACGCGUUGCUGAUCCUUUAUGACACCCUGGAACAUAUUAUCCCGUUCAAUUUCCUGAGAGUAGUGGACGGCGAAUACGGUAGCCGCACUGAAAAAGAGACUGCCUAUAAACGCUAGUUUCGCUCUACUCGACAUUUU